AUGGCCGUCACCGCCAUCGAUAUCAUGCCCAAAAAGCCCUCCUCAUCUCCUCUCUCCUCCAACAACCCCUCCAUGAAUAAGCGCUUGCCCCCUCUGGCCGACAGGACCUCCCUCUCCUACAAACUCACCACCCUGUCCCGUCAGAAACUCGCCCGGGAGGCCACCGCUCCCGACCCGGACAUUCGUCGCUGCCUUGGUCACUUCCGUCUGCACUGCAUGUCCAUGGAAUGGACCCAGAAGGAUAUGUCGACGCGCAUCAACUCGUUCGACCUGGAGGACGACGAAUCCGAGAGUGAGGAGGAGGACCGCGACGAUGAAGACAAGAAGGGUCCCGAGGACCGCAAGGAUGAGGACCAGGACCGCCAGUCAUCUCCCAAGAACAACGAGUCGGCUGAGAAGACCUCGGAGCCUGAGAAGACCACCGUCCAGGUUACCUUCCAUGUGUCUGCUCCUGCAUCAGCCCCUCAAACAUCUACCGACAAAGAAGAGAAGGAGGAAAGCCUCCUCGAGAAGGGUCGCAAUUGUCUCGAGAAGACCGUCCAGAGGAAAAACUUCUGGCCUUCUCCUGGCCAGUGCCUGCCUGUGCGCAUUGCCGGCUAG